AUGUCAGCGCCCGCCCGCCCGCCUGUCCUGCCUGCUUCUCCUCCCAGCCGCCCGGGGAGCGAGGUCCUGACGUCUGUUCCCGAGCAUGGACUUCUGUGCAAAGAGAAAACACCCCAGCUUUGGCCGCUGGGCAGGUGGGGUGGAGGGGUCGCCCCUUCAGUUCAGCCUUAUGUUUUCCUGUUUGACCAAAGAUCGCCCAAGCCUGGGAUUUCUCCCUUGCGGGAGUUGGGGGUUGUUGGUGGGCAGAAGGACCAUCUUCGUUCGUGGUCUCCAGAAUGGUCUUCUCCCCUUUCCCUCCCAUCCCUCCAAGCUGUCUUGUCGGAUGAGACUUGGGUUUGGGAACUUUUCAGAAACGGGUAUAGGAGAGGUCUGUGGGGCUGCCUCUGA